AUGGUAGCAGAAUGUGGGUGUGGUUCAAACCCACUCUGUUUCUCUUGUUUCAGUCUUUCAGGCGACAUGGUUGGCCGUGGAUUUCAUUUUGAUUUUUUAGACUCAAAAUGUUCUUCCUCUGCCAGUCAUUCACACGUGUUCAUCCUCGGUCUGCUCCUUGUUUACUACAAGAUUCUCUUCGCUUGUGUUCAAGCUUCAGAUCGAGUGAAAUGCGGGUCACAGAACAUUUCUUCAAGAUAUCAUCACUGUGGAAUUCACCUGGACGGAGUCCAUGAUUUAGAUUGUUUCGGUAAACAUUUAUCCUUAAGAAAAGUCUGUGUGUGGAAACCUGGAAAGCGCACAUCAGAAAAGAUCUACACACUCAUCACACAACAACAGCACAGAGGCAGAAGCCAUCGCUGGGCUUACUACAACAUCACUGGAGUCUCUGAGGAGAUCAUGUUAUUUGAGAGUUCCGACGUGACCGUUGAGGUUUUUGAAAACAGCCAGUCAAUAAACUGCACAAAAGCAGUUUUCAGCGCUUCACCAAAGAGCUUCUCGCGAUGUGGUCCUCCAGAUAAAGUGAUCUUCAGCCGCCACUCUGGAAGACUAGCUGUGAAUGUGAUCUGGCCGGAGUUGGACAAAAACACCAUUCAGUUUUACUCUGUGAAAUAUAUAGAACAGGGCAACCUGACACGGAACCAGUCACUCGUGCAGUCCCACAAUGGAGUGAUUUGUACAGUAGAGAAUCUAAAGUCCUCACUGGUCUACAGCGUACAGAUACGGUGCGUCCCUAACGAUAAAUGCUCUCAGUGUCCAUGGAGUGAAAACUACACCGUCCCAUCAGAACUGACUACACAGCCUGUCAUUGUCAACCUUCAAGACACUGAUCUUGCAGAAAGAAAAGGCCGCCGGCUGCUUUAUUUAACCUGGAAGUUUCCUGCCAAAGAGCUGCAUGACGGCUUCUAUGUGACUGUUGGGAAAGCAUCAGGAGAGGCUCCAUGUGAGAGGAUGAACACCUCUCAGCCUGAGAUCAGACUCAUUCUCUCCUCUUCAGCUUAUCAUCUCACCAUCAGGGCUGUGAACAACGCCAGCACCUCCCCAGCCCUAAAUCUGUCAAUACCACAGAGACAAGACAUGACCAGUAUGGGAGCUGGGAAGCUGAAUGUGACAGUCCACAGUAACACAUCUUUUACUAUCUAUUGGAAAGACAAUCUCAUCAAGAACUACGUCUGCUACUCUGUGGAGUGGACGAAGGAGGGACAUGAAAAGAAGGGACAUAAAAAGAAGGGACAUGAAGCAGUGUACAUGUCCUUUUAUCAGAACGUUAACAACUAUAGGACCUUAUCUCCUCUACCAGAGCCUUUGGAGCCUUAUGAGCGAUACAGCAUCACUCUGCACACACGGCCAAACAAGGAGACCUGCAACAUGGAGCAUGUGAACAACAGUGAGAGCACCUACGGGAGGACACAGUUCUACUUCACCGAAGGAUCUCCCAUCAGUGCUCCCAUAAACAUCAGCAGCUACAACGUGAUGCUAAAUUCAGUGAUGCUGCAGUGGUCAUCCAUCCCAGAGGAAGACGUCCGGGGUUUCCUACUGGGUUACAUCAUCUACUACACCGAGUACCACCACGAUGGGACGAGUACAGAGAGAAAUAUUACAGUGGAUCCAACGUUAAACAGCUAUGAACUGGGGGAUCUCAAAGGUGGCACAGCAUACGAAGUCCAGAUCUCAGGUUUCACCCAGGCAGGAGCCGGAGUACGAAGCACAGCAAACCUCUUUAAAACUGACGAUCAAGGAUUCUCUAAUCUCAGUGGCGUCAUCGCGAUUGUUGCAGUUGUGGCCACUGUGCUAAUAUUUGGACCUCCUAUAAUAAAAAGAGCAAAAGGGAUUUUGUGGCCGAGCAUACCGAACCCUGGAAACAGCAAUGCAAUGCAGAAAAUAGAAGAGCCUUGUGUACGGGAACUACUGGAGUCCAUCCACACUCUGAAGGUGGAAGAAUGGGAUACAAACAGCCUUCAGAUAGUUGAGAAAGAAGAUGCUGCUAGCACGUUACCAUCGAUGGUACCGCUUCUCUGUGCGUCAGAGGAUGAGGCAGACUCACCAGAAAUGACUCGUAACUGGAUCCAAAGAGAAACAGAGAACGCAACUGGAGACAUCCCACCAAAUAUUACUGCAGAAACUUUACCAGACAUCCAACAGACAGACCCCCGGAGUUCUCCUCUCACCUUUCCGAGUGGCUAUACAACGAUGGAAAUGUUUCAGCAGGGGAUGCCUCAGGGCGUACCGGCCGACGCAUCGGUUACUCAAGCCACGGAAAGCGACCCAGAGGACACAGACUCAACGGUUGUAAAGUCAGGAUUGGACUAUAUAGGGCAAUUUAGUACCAGUCCUAUUUUGGACAGCGAGGAGACGUCCACAAUUUUAUGAAAACAGUUUUGAACAGGACAGCAGAGAAAACAGGAUUAUAAGAACCACGGUCCAUCAUCGGGGUACGGCUCUGUUUAUGCCCACUGUCAAAAUGACUGUUUACUUUACUUUACUUCAUUUCAAGGUUUGUUAACAGCAAAAUAACCAGUCACUCAAUUUUAAUUAAAGGGACUGUUUGUAACUUCUUACACGUAUAAAUCAUUGUGGGUCGGUGUCCCAUGCGAGCUCGCUUGUGGCUACGCUGUUCAGACUCAGACUCAGACACAAACUACA